CAAAAAUGGGCUCCAGAUAUUCUAUAAAUAGAAGAGAUCCAUGGUUUUGUCAUUUGUGAGGGAACUGGGAAGUCAAUCAGGAGCAUCAAUGGCACGUAUCAACCAUGAAGUCGAAGCUCUUUCAAGUGCUCUCUCAGGGCAUGGGAUUGAUGAGAAAUCGGUGAUAUCAAUAUUGGGAAAAUGGGAACCAAAGGAAAGUGAAGCUUUUAGAGAGGCAAUGCCCCAUUUCUUCAUAAAGGAUGAACGUGAUUUUCACAAGUGGGAUGAUCAUUGUGUUCGUCUUCUCAAGCAUGAAUUUAUGCGUUUCAAGAAUGCGGUGGUGCUACGCGCGAUGCAUGCGUGGGAAAGGACCGCGCGGUUAGCGAAGGAGGCAUUGCUGAAGGGGCAACGGGCGUACGGAGCGCUGAUUGAGAUUGCAUGCACCAGAUCCGCUGAUCAACUCUUGGGAGCUAGAAGAGCUUAUCAUUCCCUAUUCGAUCAUUCCUUAGAAGAAGAAAUUGCUACUCACGUCCAUACCCAUGAACGCAAGCUGUUAGUUGCACUAGCGAGUGCCUAUAGGCAUGAAGGUCCAAAAGUGAGAGAUGAGAUUGCAAAAUCAGAAGCCCAAGCCCUUCAUGUCAAAAAGAAUAAUGGGCCACAUAAGCCCAUCAUUGAAGAUGAUGAAGUCAUAAGGAUUUUAUCUACAAGAAGCAAGGCUCAUAUUCUAGCCAUCUACAAACAUUAUCAUGAGAUGUUUGGCAAGUACCUUGAUGAGGAUCUUGAGGAUCCGAGGUUGAAAGAGACUGUGCAAUGUCUUUGUGCUCCUCAAACUUACUUCUGCAAGGCUCUGGAUACAGCAAUGAGAGCAGAAGAUAAGAACAUAAAGAAGGCAUUGACGCGCGUGAUAGUUACAAGAGCUGAUAUAGACAUGAACAAGAUCACACAAGAGUACCAUAAGCAUCAUGGAGUUUCUUUAUCCCAGAAAAUUGCAGAGGUGACAAAGGGAAACUACAAGGAUUUCUUACUAGCUUUGAUUGCAAGAGGAGAGUAAUUAAAAAUUUUAUAUUUUUUAAUUAAAAAAACAAAGUUGGUGGUCUUUGUUUGACUUGUGAAAAAUAAGCUUCGGUUUGUAUUCCUUGAGCUUGCAUGCCAUGGAUAGUACCAUUUGUAUUGGACUUGAUGUCUUUGUUUUUUAUCAUCAUCAUUAUCUUUGACUUUCAUCUA